CAUCCUCUGAAUGCGGUAGUUCAAUAUUGAAGCUCACGAACGUUAAUAAGUUGAUAAGGCUGAUCAGUCUCUCAGUGUACCUCGAAGGAACCGUUAGUGAUAUUGUGUAGCUUGAGCGACUAAAAUGGACUUGAUCAGAGUUGUGCUUCUGGUGGUUGGUUUAUACAGUGGGAGCUCCCACGCUCAGGGUUCUUCCGAGGAAUUCGAUGCCAUGAAAUGUCCAGGAGGCUACUGUGUCCAGAAACACCUUUGCGUGAACAGCUCCAUCUCAACUGAGGGUGAAGGUCUCAUAAAUGAAAGAUUCGGAGAGGAACUUGAGCCGAUUUCAGUGAAAUUGGAGGUGGAAGAUGAUGAAUGCGAACACUACUUAAUGAAAUGCUGUUCUUUUAUGACGAAUAAAACAAAGAAGGAGGCUCUUCAGGAGAAACCCACGAAUGCUUCACCGGAGGAAAAACCUUUGCCGCCAAGCUGUGGUCGAGGUUAUGAAAAUGGUUAUAAGUAUCAUCUGGCAGAUUCAACGGUGGCACAGUUCGCCGAAUUUCCAUGGAUGGUGGCACUUCUGCACAGUAUGGAAUUGUUGGAUGAAAAGAAGUUGGUGUAUUUUUGUGCUGGAUCGUUAAUUCAUCCACAAGUCGUCUUGACGGCGGCCCAUUGUUUGCGAAAAACCAACCAACCGAACCAACCGGAAGAUCUAGUUGCCAGGCUCGGUGAGUGGGAUACGGCCACUGAGAACGAACCCCUCAAAUAUCAGAAUUUUAACGUGAAGAAAGUUAUUAUCCAUGAAUCAUUCACGCCAAACAUUUAUCACAACGACAUAGCGCUGCUGAUUCUGGAAAAACCAGCUGAACUAUCUCCACACAUCAGAACCAUAUGUCUUCCAAAUGACGAUGAAUCGUUCGAUGAUAGCCGAUGUAAAGCCGCAGGUUGGGGCAAGAAGGAAUUCCACGCCAAGGAAAAGUACGCCAAAAUAAUGAAGAAGGUUGAACUUCCAAUCGUUCCAAGAAAGAAAUGUAUCCAACAAUUGCGAAAAACUAGACUCGGCGCGUUUUACCAGUUGCAUUCCAGCUUCAUAUGUGCUGGCGGGGAAGAAGGUAUCGAUACCUGUACGGGAGACGGAGGAGCUCCACUGGUAUGUAGCCGGGGGAACGGCGAAUACGUCCAGUCCGGUAUAGUAGCAUGGGGUAUAGGCUGCGGAGGACAAGACGUACCCGGGGUUUACGUGAAGGUGUCCGAGUUUCUAGAAUGGAUUGAGGACCAUCUUCAGCAGGAAGGAGUACACUUAAGCGAGUAUGCCAUUGAUCGUCGGAUAAAGGACGAAUGACCUUCGGGUUAGAGAGAAACAUACUUCGAUGAUCCGAUAUUUCGAUGCCAACCAUCCGGGCUCAUCCCAACGAUUCAUUUGUUUGGUACGUGGGUUUACUGAGUCAAACGAUGAUUCAUAGAUGCAACAGUGGAAAGCACAUGGGAAUGCAAUACAUUUUUUUCUUCCUUUUAAUCGCUCUAGAGCUAAAACUUGACUAUUUUGAAUAAAAAUCGGCAUCUUGCAGUAAUCUA